ACCCUCCCCUUCACCACCAUCCUCCCCUUCACCACCACCCUCCCCUUCACCACCAUCCUCCCCCUCACCACCACCCUCCCCUUCACCACCACUCUCCCCUUCACCACCACUCUCCCCAUCACCACCACUCUCCCCCUUCACCACCCUCCCCCUUCACCACCAUCCUCCCCUUCACCACCAUCCUCCCCUUCACCACCAUCCUCCCCUUCACCACCACCCUCCCCUUCACCACCACCCUCCCCCUCCUUCACCACCACUCUCCCCUUCACCACCACCCUCCCCUUCACCACCACCCUCCCCUUCACCACCACCCUCCCCCUUACCACCACCCUCCCCUUCACCACCACCCUCCCCUUCACCACCACCCACCCCUUCACCACCACCCUCCCCUUCACCACCACUCUCCCCACCACCACCCUCCCCUUCACCACCACUCUCCCCUUCACCACCACUCUCCCCUUCACCACCGGCCAUGACAGGUCCCAGAGGGAGAAUGGGGAAGGGGACAGUGAUGAGGAGGGCCUCAUGGGAAGGACUCUAGAGCAGAAGGCGGCCAAGGCCUGGCUGGUGCCCAGCUCAGGACCCUUGCUGGGAUCUAGCACAGUCAGCCGCUUCCAAGCAUCUGCAACGGGCUCCAACCUCCUCUGGGCCGUGGGCAACCAGGGAGCCUAUAUCGAGCAGGAAGCACUCACGGUCAUGUAG